AACUGAGGCAAAAUGAAAAUGUGAGAAAUAUUAACAGAUGCAAAUUUAAUAAAUACCCUAAAACCAACAAAUUAUUGCCAGUAUUGUUCACAUCCAACCUAAACUUCGAGUACACAGAACAAAACCACUCCUUUGAACCCUUUCGAAUCAGGCCAGUGCUCUCCGAAGAUAGACACCUUUCUCCAAACCGGCUACUUGAUCGUCCUCUCUAAAAUCAGCCUCUCUACCCUUCCUAUUGUCCUCUUCGAAACUGGCCACUCGAACCCCUUUCCGUUUCGAUCGUCCUCUUCCUCGCGGUGGUGGUUUGAAGCUUUCUACUCUAACGUAACAGUGGUGGUUUGGAGGUCUCUGCUCUGACGAAGCUCUCAACGGAAGCUUCUCUCCAUCUCAUAUUGCCCGAGUAUCGCCCCACAAGUCAGUGGUUAAAGAAGACUAAAAGAAAAGCACUCUUUGCCUCUUUGGAGAAGAUUAAAGAAGGUGAGUUGUCUAAUAAAGAGUUAUCAAUGUAUGAUAACUGCUGCCGAGUCUUUUCUUCUUUUGCUUCAAUUUGUUUUAAUAAUCCAACCUAAAAUAAAUUUAUAAUUGUUUUACAUCUCCUAAAAUACUACAUGUGUAUAAAUUUAUGACUUUUGUUUAUGACUCUUAUUAAUACUAUGUAAUCAUGCUAGUAUCAAGUAUGUAGCCCUCAAUUGCAUGUCUUGAAACUGACAAGGCAACACCAUAGUGGUACUAAGUAAUAAGAAAUUUUUACACUAAAAAUACAAAAGGCUAACUUUAUUACAUAUAUACUUCAACACGGUAAAAGCAACUUUUAUACACUUUAAGUUUAUUUUAUUACACUUUUACCACUUGCACACAAUCUCUAUUUCAUUUCAUUUCAGCCAUUAUUGAAGUAGGAAGAAAUUACUCGAGAUAACAAUGGCAGACGAAGAGACCUCCGCCAUAACCCCUCCGUCUUCAAACACAGUCUCAGAUCAAGACUCAACAAUGGAGGCUCCGGCGAAUGAGUCCCUAGAAUCGACCACCACAAAGAAGCCGAGCAGCCAAGCCACAUUCAGUAUAUGGCCACCGAGCCAGCGCACUCGAGACGCCGUGGUGAACCGUCUCAUUGAGACCCUUUCCACCCCUUCCGUUCUCUCUAAUCGCUACGGUACCACUCCUCCCGAAGAAUCCUCCUACACCGCCCGCAUCAUUGAAGAGGAGGCCUUUUCAUCCGCCGCUAGCUCCGCUUCUGCCUCCGAGGAUGAUGGCAUUCAGAUUCUCCAGGUUUACUCCAAGGAGGUCAGUAAGCGAAUGCUUGAUGUCGUCAAAGCUAGGGCUGCCGCCUCCUCCUCCUCUGCUGAUGGUGCUUCCACGGCUCGAACCCGGGGUUCCGUUGAUUCGAAUGUUGAGAAUAACGAGGCAUCUUCUUGAUCUGUCUAUCUCUAGUGAUUCUGAGCUUUUAUUUUACAAUCCAAUGCAUAUUAGGUUCUUCUUCUUAUAAGUUCUAGGGGUUUUUUUUUUUGUUUAUUUUCAUUGAUUGUUCUUUGUCAGAUAUUGGUUAAAUUGGAGUUGAAUUUCAGGAGUUUCCCUUGUGCAGAGCUGUUAUAAUCAAAAGUGUUGUUUUGUGUUUGACCUUUAA